UUUUCUGUGCGUGACGUCGUUCUUCGGCGACUGGAGAAGACUGGUGAUCUCAGCAAAAUGUGGAGUAAGCUCUAGAGAUCUUCACGUCAGUUUAAAUUAGAGAUCUGACUUCAGAAAUUGCAGCAUUACCGAGAGUUUAUUGCAGCUGGACCUAAAUCCUGUCCGACUUCAUUAUGUUGUCACAAUUGACCGUGGCUGGAGCAUGGAUAUAUUUUACUACAUUGUUCACAGUGCCUUGUGCUUUCGGUGAUAUGGAAUCAGGGCCCGGAAUCUCCGUAACUCAAAGUCAAGCUAACGGAGAUCGGUUCAAAAUAGAAGGCCGGGCAGUCGUACCUGGAAUGAAAACUCAAGAUUGGAUUUCCACAGCUCGUGUUCUCGUUGAAGGAGAAGAUUACAUUGGUUUUUUAAGAACCGAUGGCAGCUUUGCAGUGAAUGAUGUACCAUCAGGAUCAUAUGUUCUAGAAGUUCUAUCGCCAACCUACAGAUUUGAACCUGUGCGAGUCGAUAUAACAUCCAAGGGGAAAAUGAGGGCGCGGGUAGUGAACAAUAUCAAGACGUCAGAGGUGGUGCGGCAGCCUUAUCCGCUCCAGAUGAGGUCCUCCGGGCCCCACUCUUAUUUCAUGAAGCGGGAGGCCUGGGGCUGGUCGGAUUUCCUCAUGAACCCAAUGGUUUUGAUGAUGGUUCUUCCUUUGCUGGUCAUUGUCCUCUUACCAAAAGUCAUCAACACAAAUGACCCAGAGAUGAGAAGGGAGAUGGAGCAGUCGAUGAACAUGUUGAACCCCAACCCUGAGCUCCCAGAUGUCUCCGAGUUUAUGACCAAGCUGUUCUCCAGCAAGAGCUCGGGCAGGUCGGGUGGCAGCCGGGGUGGCAAGAUGGCCGCUCUGAAGAGGAGAUAGUAAUGCGUCGUCGCCGUAUCCACCGGGGGCCAUUGUCAUGGAAACGACUCCUAAAUUCCUCUUUUUCGAUACUCCUGAAUGUGACGGUAGCUCACUACCUCGUUUUUUGCUGCUGAACAAGUCUGGCUGUCUGCCCCUUGGCGAUUAACAUUGUAACAUUCAGAUUAUUUUUACGGUUUUUGUAAAUACCAGUUCAGUUCUCAAUUUAUUUACAUCCAGUUCAGUUCUCCAUUUAUAAUUUCUCCAGCGCAUAAUUCUAUUUGCAUGCCUAGAAUGAUUUAAUAUGUAUUUCUUUCAACCUGUUGAUCUGUUAUGUUAAAGAUGCUCAUUUGUGUGUUUUGUGAGGUAGCUAUUGCCACAUUGUGAAUAUAUUUAUGCUGCUUCUGGAAUCAAUAUGACUGCACUCACUCUGCACCUACUUGAAUGAGAGCUUGUAUAACAGAUCAAGCUGGCAAUUUGGGAUAGAUUUCUAUUAAUUAACUUAUUACUUUUAACUUUUACUAUGGGGGGGUGUAUUUAAAUAAAGAUAAUACAAAUUGA